GAGAAGCUCUCCAUGCUGGGCCCUUUUCGAGUUGCUGUUGGCGGCAAAACUCCGGGCUACGAUGCGUCCCAGAAGUCCCAGAGCAAGCUGGCGCUCGAGCCGUGCUUCUACCACGAGCGUUCGAAGGAGUUCUAUCAGGAACUGCUGCAUAGCUACAAUGUUGGCACGAUCUUGGAUUCGGCCCCAUCAGCAGGAACACUUGCAUUCCUGGCAGCAUUGAAUCGGAUCCCUUACUUCGGUGUCACGCUGACGGAGGAGCAUCAGACCCGAUUGAAGGAACGAUUGUGUCACAUGCUGCUUGAAGAGUUCAUGAAGGAGAACUCCACCGUGUAUGAUGCCAAGUUUGCGGCCGCCAUCAGCAAUGCCGGUGCAGGUGCCGCUACGGGUGCCGCUGCGGGUGCCGAUGCGGGUGCCGCUGCGGGUGAGAACACGGGGACGGCUGCCGGCUCCGCUCAGCAAGCUUCCGGUCAGCAGCAAGCUGAGCAAGAUGAUGGCUUGGCGGAGAUGGAGGCCGGAGAAUGUUAA